AAAGUGUAGACCAGUAUAGACAGCAGACUCUGUAGAUUACGAUUCAGUAGCACAUGAGCGCUCGUUUAGCGAGCAUCGUAGCGUCUCGCCAGCGGGCAUAAAAUGUCAUCCCAUCAAUCGAGAUCGAGUGUGAGAGAAUAAUUAUUAUUGACUGAAUUAGUCGAAUUAUUUAAUUGAGAUUGUCUUUAGCCGUAAACGUUUUUUUUAAAAAUAAAUUAAAUUUUUUUUUUAAAUUUAUUUUGGCAACAGUCGAUGUCGCGUAAUAUACUAGUUUUUCGUAUUAAUGUUUAGUGCGAGAGGACAUUUGGAUUUUUCAAAUUUUUGCAUUUAAUUUGUCCACGUGCAAAGUUAAGUCGAGUGACAACUUGAGAAAAAAUCAAAUAAAAUAGUUGUCAAAGUUAAGAGAGACAUAAGAGACUUUGCCAAAGAACUCUCGUUGCGGUUGUUAAACGAUUUAGAGUAUUUUACGUGGAUUUUCGAGGGAGUGACCAACCCGCUGCGUAUCGACGUGAAGAUUUAUUAAGUUCGACAGACAUUUGGGAAGACAAGUUUUUUUUUCUACUUCGAGCAACCGUUGAAUAUAAAAGCGAGAGAGAAUUUUAGUCUCGCUUUAGCUACGACUCAGUGAAGGUCUGCAUUAGGACGAUCACAACCGUCCUUACCUCGUGGAGCCGCAGGCGAGUUCUCCAAUACAAUUUUCAACUUAAACACCGUUCACCACUUAUUUUUCUCGUCACGUUUUCGUCGAGAUUUAUUCACCGAGAUCAGUGAGAGAUUUUAAGUACGAUUACUUUUUUUUCGAUAGUGCGACUGUGAAUUAAACAAAAGUGAAGUGAUUGAUAUUGAAUAGUAUAAAAUACAAGGCCCAAAAAAUGGUGCCCCAACAGCAAGAUAGUCCCACUAACUCGGGCAUGCCACUUUUUGGAUCUCUCAUGGUGGAUAAAAAUUCUACUACUCCAUACUCCGAUGCAACUCAGACAAAGAAAAACAACCCUAAUCACAUCAAACGGCCAAUGAAUGCAUUUAUGGUAUGGUCUCAAAUAGAACGUAGAAAGAUAUGUGAAGUCCAACCUGACAUGCACAAUGCUGAAAUCAGUAAAAGACUUGGUAGACGUUGGAAGACAUUGGAUGAAUCAGAAAGACGACCUUUUAUUGAAGAAGCUGAAAGGUUGAGGCAGCUGCAUAUGAUGGAGUAUCCAGAUUACAAAUAUAGACCAAGGAAAAAAGCAUCAAAACCAGCAUCACCACCUAAAACAAAAGAGGUCAAAAAAUCGAAAAAGUCGUCAUCAUCAUCACCAUCCUCAUCAUCUUCAUCUCCAACGUCUUUUGCCUCAUCUAAUCCAACGAUAACGACCGCUACUACAACUGUAUCCUCUGUGAAAUCAAGAAAUGAUACAAACAAUAACACACACUCUCCUGUCAAGAGGCUUCAAGCUCAACCUACCACGAAUCCUGUGUCAAGGCUCAAAGUCAAGUUGGCAUUAGAUAAAAGGCCUCCUGUCUCCAUGGACUAUCCUCCCGUGCCACCUAUUGUUACGGCCAAAGUGCCAAGUAGUCCAUCAUGUGACACGCCUGAUUCUCCAGAGUCAGCGAGCUUUUAUGAAGACAACUACCACGACUGUCCAUCAGGGCUAGUGAAUACAACGACCAACGUACCUGGUGCGACUUCAAGAAUGAUUAAUUCUCCAAUGAAAAUCAAAGAAGAAAUUGACAUGGAUUUUUCGACAGACUACACGAAUGAUAGACUUUUGGCCAAUAGUGAUUUUCCUCAAAUAAACACGCUUGGCAGAAGUUUUCAAUGCCCGUCCACCAACUCUUGUCACAUUCAAAACUAUAUAAUGGUGAAGGAGGAGCCGAAUGACAGAGUACACACAGCAAACAUGCUUCCGACAACUCUUUCACUUAGUAAUUCAACGAUCAAGAUGGAAGAGUCUGCCAAUCCCACUCCCGCUGCUGUGGAUGGAAGUUUAGCUGAUCUCGAUUCUAUUACGGACCUUCUUCAAAUCCAACCGUCCGACUUUUCUUCUGGCCUCGAGCUUGAUAUGGAUACUAUUGCCAAUGAACUCGAAUCAUUUGAUACCGCUAGCUCAAAUAGUACAGAGCAUUUUGAAUUCACCUGUACACCUGAUGUCACGGACAUGCUCUCUGGCAUCGAUGGCAAUGGAUGGGGCGCUAGUGAAUUGAAUUUUUGAAGGAAGAAAAAAACUUCCUAUUUAUUAUAUCUAACUUAUGCUAAUAAAUCGGGGAAAUUGAAAAAAAAGAAGAAAAGAACUCGGUAACAAUUUCCAGUAGUCUUCGAUUGUGGGUUGGAAAGAAUUUUUCAUAAUUUGUUAAUAAAUGAUUCACGAGUUUAUCAAGAUUAUUUAAUAAUGAAAGAGAUAAUGAUAAAACGAUUGUUACUUCCACGUCGUUUAUUUAAGGAAUGCAUAUUCGUGCUAAAAUAAUGCAUGAAUAAAGUCCAAUUACAAAUGUGCUGCUCGUGCUUCAACGUCUUUCACUGCCGUCUGCCGUAAUUUAACUCGGCCAAGUCUCGAAAAAAACAAAGAAUACAAAUGUUUCGAAUUAAAAACUCACAUUUGGUUUGUUUUUUCAUCCGAGUUCGUCAUCCUUGUACGAUAAUUAAAAAUAUUUACUUAAAUUCUAGAUUAUAAAUAAGAGUUUUUGUAUAUGUAUUGUAGUAUACUAGUUGAUAAGAGACGAUUUUGUACGAAAUAUGAGAGAGGAGCUACUGAUGAACGUGAUGGCAUCCGAAAACAGGGCGAUUAUUAACUUUUCAGUCUUCACUUUUUCCAGAUAUAGUAACUUCUUCGCUAUAGUUAACGGUAAUUGCGCUUUUUGUAUCGCCUUGUUUUCGGGCUAUUUAUGAUCAUUGGCCAAGUCCUUUUUGUUGUGUAUAUCGUUAGAAUCAUAUUCAUUAAUAUAUAAACUAAACUUUUCAAAAAAACUAAUGGAAUAAAGAGCAAUCUUAAGUUUUAAGUUUUUUGAAUUUAAAAGAAAAUAAUAUAAAUAAAACGGGAGAUAAGUGAAAGAAAAAAGUCAAACACACUCAGAGUGAAUAUCUUUCUCUUUUUUUUAAGUGGCAAAUAAUGUAAAAAAAUCAAACAGCCGCUUCAACGCGAUGCCUCGGCAUGAUUAAAUCUUUUUUUUUUUGAGUAUAUAAUCGAGAGAUAGAACGUGAAUUGAGAAAAGGAGAUUAUAAAAGAAUAAAAUUUCUGAAUAUGUAUAUUCUUGAUAUAAAAAACAUUAAAAUGUUACGGUAAGGGUUGUAAAACACAAAAUAUAACGGUUUUUUUUAUUGAUUAAAUAUUUGCGUUCAUAAUGGGUUUAUGUGAGUAGCAAUACGGAAAUAAAUUUACAUUUCCGCUACACGUACUCUGUCAAUAAUUACUGCAGAGUUUUAAUUCAACGUUAUCUCUUUAAUGAAUCAUUUGAUUUUGGGUUUCUGUUUGUUUAUCUGUUUUUAUUAUUAUUAAUAUUAUUAUUCUUAUAUUAUUAUCAUUAUCAUUAUUGCUAUUAUCAUUAUAACUAUUAUUAUUAUUAAUAAUAUUAAUAUUAAUAUUCAUCAUAUUAAUAUUAGGAUUAUUAUUGCGAAUGGCUGACCUUCUUUUAGUUUGUUUUUGAAAGUCUAUGGUAAAAAAAUAAUCCCGAGACUAUGGAAAUAUGUUAUUAAACUUUGAUCUCAUAUUCUUUACAUUUACUUAAUAAUUAAUUAAUUAAUAAUAAAUAUUAUUAUAUUAUGAUGAAUAACACUAAAAAUAAACAACCACCCCACAAUCAAUCUUUCUUUAACUAUUAAUGACAUUUUUUGAGUCGGUUCAUAUUGGUCUAUUCGCAUUUCUACUGGUGUGCGUUAAGAGUGAUCGUUCAGUAAAGGAUGUUAAGAGCAUAUUAUAUGGUCAUACAUAUUUAUGACUAAACUAUUUCUAUGCUUAUUUAAUUAGCCUUUGAUCAAGCUUAACAAUGCAUACCUUUUUUUUACAAACAAUAUUUUGACGGUCGAACUCGCGGAUGUUUAUUAGGAGAAAUAAUGGAAAAUAAGAGACACGAAAGAAAGAGACAAAAUAAGAGAGAAAGAAACAUUUUGAAAAUCAUGAACGAAGAAAUUAAUUUAAACAAAUAGUAAUAAAAAAAAAACAAAAUAAAAAAUAUAUAAAACAAAAAUAGUGCCUAUCAUUCCGGUCUUGAAACUUUUGUACAAAAUUAAAUACAGGGCCAAAAAAAAACAAAGUGAUGUUAGACGUCUAUUUACAAAAAGAGGAAAAAUUAAUUUAAAAAUAGUAUUGAAUAUUACAGAUCAAUACAAAUUUUCAUUGAACAAUCAUGUUUGCUAUUUAAAAAAUUACUAUUUGAUGCGCGAGAUAACGAGAUAGUUGAUUGAAUAAAAAAAGUUGAUCAAUAACAAAUGAAAUUAUAAAAAAAUAUGCAGAAAAAUACAAAAAAGUAAAAUUACAUUCUUAUAGAGAUGAUGUGGUGGAACAGUAACAAGAAUUAUACAAAUACAGGCUGUGACUUUCUCUGGAAAAAACACAAUAGAAACAAAAUAAAUCAGACGAUCACAGGCAUUCAUAGACGCAGAAUAGUUGGUAGAUACGUGUAGUUGAUGACAAGGUUUAUUAACAAAAACAAUUGCAGUCUUAAUGUAAUAACUAUUAUAAAAAUUAAAAGUUUACAUUGUCUUUUUGGCAAACAAAAUAAUUAUUCCUACACUUAUUCAUCAAUUAUUGACACAGUGUAAUAAAUUGUACAAUUUUAAUCAUUUCGCGAAUUCGUAAUUUUAAUGUCAGUAGAAAUAUAUAAUUAAUUAAGAUACCGUAAAAAAGUUACGAUCGAAAGAAUGGACACAUAUCAAUUUAAUUUCGCGUCAAAAAUAAUAAUUAAUAUUAUAUUUUAAUUAACUAAUUGAUUUAAUUUUAAUUUUUCGUGCUUUAAUGGAAAUAUAUUUGCUGAUGGUUAUUGCGUUGAAGAUUUGUUUAACUGGCCCUUAUAUAAAUAGUUAUAAAAAAAGGCCAAUAGGAUUUUCGUUCAUAAAAUGUCAAUGCUAUAAUGUUGGUUCGAGAAAAGUAAAGUUAGAUAAAAAAUUAUCAAUCAUGCAAGUUGUUUUAUGUUACACUUGUGCGUAUUUUAACGAAAUGUUAGUAGUCAGUGGUUUGUUUGAGGUUUGAUUCAAUAUCUGAUAUUUGUGACAAAAAAUUAAAAAAAAAAAAAAAACAUUUAAAGGUUUUCAUGCGAGAGCAAUAAAGAAAAAGCUAUAAUUUUUUUGAAAUAAUGUUAAAAAUUAUAAGUGCGGUUUUCGGAGUAAAAAUUGUAUUUUCAGGGGAUUCUGGUGCCAAAAAAAAAAAAAAAAAUGCUAAGGAAUAUUUCAACUUGUCACAAGUGGUAGAAAUUUGCAAAUUUUUAGCAUGAUGGAGGAUUCAAAAUUUUUCAAAAUUAUCAAACACAAAUGUUUGUCAUUACAUAUUUAUAUAAACGAGUAAAGCAACAUAAAAUUAAAAUUUUUGUGGCUUAUUUGUCUUUGUGAAAGUGGUAAUUUGCGCAAAUUGUGAUUAGAAAAAUAUAAUUAUCCCAUAAUUAUCUAUAUGGUAUUCAUAAAUAACAAUUGUAAAACAAAAUGGAGAAAAAAAUUAAUCACUUUAAGAUCACGAAACUUUUUUGAUAUUGCAAAACAAAUUUACCAAUUAUUGUAGGGGUGGAAUAAUAAAAAAUUGACAAAAAAAUUUGAAUUAAUGUUAAACAAGAAAAUAUAUAUAAAAAAAACUAUUACUCAGUUGAAUACACGAAACUGUUGAGAAAUAGGAAAGGUGAUUGGUCAUGUAAAUGAAUGGUCGUUUGUGCUUCCUAAAUCAAUCCUCAUUGCAGUAAUUUUCCAUUCAUACUGCUGAUGCAAGCCAAUACAAUAUCACUAAUUAGAAUAUUGUAUUUCAAUUAAAAUAAGUAUCACCUUUCUUUUCUUUCUCGUUGAGAUUCGUAUUAUUUAUUAUCACGAACAUCAAUUGAGAAGUAUCUCAGUUUGUGCAAUUUAAACUGACGUGAAAUCGUUCCUUAAUCACGAUAGUUUAAAAUUGAUGCUCAACCACAUGUUACUAUGUACCUAAAGUUUUUCUCAAUUUAAAACUGAAAUAUUUCUUUAUGGUUGUUCAUAAUUAGGUUUUUCAAUUUUUAACAACUUAAGCUAAAGAAAGUCACAAUUGCCAUGCAAGCAAGUAUAUUACUCAGUUGAUAUUUAUUAAAUAUUUAUCAAUUAUUAUAUAUUUGUUUGUAUACAAGACUUAUUGAAACCUAAUAGGUGUGUAGUAGAUUUGAAAAUUUUUUAGAGUGUAUAUAUGUCCAAUUGAAAGCGAUUUGUGAAAAGUAAUAAAUACAUUUUUCUAAUGCAAGAAAUGCUGCUUCUAAAUUUGUAAUAAUACAAAAGAAGAGAAGAAAGUUUAAAAAAAGUUUCGUUUUCUUUUCAACGAGUCCUCUGACUAUGCAAAAUAAUUAUGAUUAUCGUACACUAUUAUUAAUUAUUAGAUUCACCAAGUUAAGAAGAAUUCAAUUGAUUAAUUAUCAAUUAUAUUAUUAUUAUUAUUAUUCUUAUGAUUAUUGAUGUUUGUGGUCACUAUUACCUUAUUUUAGCGUUUACUUUUGGUAUGAAGAUUUGAAAAAAAAAAAAUCGAGAAGAAAAAAAAUUCAGAUUAAAAUUUCCGUCAGUUUUCACGUAUCUUAAUAAUACUCGCAGAGUAUAUGCAUCAUAGAAAUUAAAGACUUUUCCCUAGUCGAGGUUUCUGCAAUUACCAUUCAAAAUAUAUCAAUACAUCGUGACACUGUUCGAUUUACGACUCAAUAUUAUGAGGCAAUAGGAUUUAUUAUUAACUUAUAAAUUGAUCUAUGAGUUUAAUAAAAAAAAACUCAAUGCAAUAUAACUUGUCUCAUUUCGAUUUCGAACAGUGAAAUGAUUAAAAUGUAAUAUGGAGUAUACACCAAAGUGCAAUAUAAAUGUUUCUGCGAGGCUUGCUAAUUAUUUGGAAAGCACUUGAAAGAGAUACGUAAAACAAAUGAAAUUCCCUUUUUGGCAAAGGUAUCUAUUUUUUUGCGAUAAACUUAUAUUUUCCAAUUAAUAAAUAAUUACAAAAAAUGAGUAAUCGAAAUAUUUAAACGCCGUCGUCAAAGAGCUGAAUGAAAAAAAAAAAAAUAUAAAUGAAAUUGAUAUUAAAAAAAAAAUAUUAAAAAAUAACUUGACAAAACGUAGCAAUAUUUUUACACAAAGAAAAUUUGCAAUG